AUGGUCGACCUUACGAAGAAAGACGCAGUGAAGUCGGUAGCGAAACGCUGGGGUCCGAAACAUGAUGAAGCAUUUGCCGAAGUGAAACGAUUACUCACCAACGCUCCUGUUUUGCAUUUUCCGGACUUUUCUAAAGAGUUUGUUAUCCACGUAGACGCAUCUGAAGUGGGAGCAGGAGCAUUCCUGGCACAACAGAAUGGCGAUGACGUGAAUAUCGUAGCAUACUUUAGCCAGCGAUUCAACAAAAGCCAACAACACUACUCUGCCACCAUGAAAGAAUGCUAUGCUGUUGUUCUAGCAAUUCAACACUGGCGUCCAUAUUUAUGGGGUAGACAUUUUACGUGCGUGCGUAACUGA